ACAAUUCUACAGUCAUAGGCUUUAAUGUUUGAAAAAGAAGUAUUUUAUAAAUUUUUUUUUAAGCUGGCAACAUUGCAUUGGCCGAUGAAGAAUACACGAUGUUUAACGAUUUAACGAAACGAGUGAACGGGCAACGGGCUGAAUAUUUUCCUUUUUAUCUUACUUCCCUUGGUGAGGAGUUAAAAAUAAAAUUUUCGCAAUGGAAUAUAUUGCUGAAGUGAAAACAAGAAUAUCAUAGUUAAAAGAAAAUUCUUUUUGAAAACAAAGAACUUUGCGAUUCUUUUGUUAGAUUUGAGUUUUCCUCAAACACAAAACAGAAUACAUAAAAAAAUAAAGGAAUUUAAGUGAAGUUGCUGCAUUAUUACAACAAACGACAAUUACAAUAAAAAAUAAAGAUAUUACUACUAUUUCUUCAAAUAACCAAUUGAAUAAUUGGCCACGGCCUAUCAUUCGGUGCAGCAACGUCCUGCUGAAAGAGGAGCUAAAUAAUCAUACAAGCGAAAGUAAAAAAUAAAUAGUUCUUUAUUGAUAAAAUUGUAAAAGUAUCUUCGCAUAAACGUUAUAAUUCUUUGUUCAACGCUAAUCUAUUAAAAACACAUAGUACUUGGUGGCCUAUAGUUUUAUAAAAAAAAGUUAUAAGUGCAAACACUGGCGUUCAAGAAAUAUCUAUAUUGGAAUAUUCUGCCGAUAUAAAUAAAAACUCAAUACGGGAAUUCGCAUUUUGCGAAGAACGUUAAGUUGUGCGAAAAGAAAACUUAUUUGAUGUGCAUUUUCGACUAUAAUUCUUAUUCUACUUUGUAUCGGCGGUAGCUACAAAUUAAAGGAACGGGUAAGCACACAAAAAGAUUAUAGUAAAUAGAAACGUGUUAAAAACACACAGUGACAGCAUCGUAAAGCGUCAAAACAACGGAGGCAACACUUUGGUAUACUUCGACUUGUGAAUAAUGAGCCGCCAUGAAGGAGUCAGUUGUGAUUCUUGUCUCAAAAGCAACUUUAACGGUCGCCGCUACAAAUGCUUGAUAUGCUAUGAUUAUGAUUUAUGUGCUGAUUGCUAUGAGGAUGGCGUUACAUCUACCCGUCAUUUAGUCGAUCAUCCAAUGCAAUGUAUUCUUACUCGUUCCGAUAUAGAAUUGUUUUUCGGUGGCGAGAUGCUCAACUCGGAGCAACCACAAAGUUUCACAUGCCCCUAUUGUAAAAAAAUGGGUUUUAGCGAUGCUACGUUACUGGAGCACGUUUCAGCCGAGCAUACGGAGACCAGCCUCGAAGUGGUGUGUCCUGUAUGUGCCGGACUACCGGGAGGCGAACCGAAUCUAGUCACAGACGACUUUGCCGGUCAUCUAACAUUGGAGCAUCGAACGGGACCACGGGAACUAAUUUCAUUUCUAGAUGAGCCAUCAGCAAUUCGACAUGGUGGUGGCGUACGUCGCAUUCCUGGCCGUACUCUUGGAGGUCCUCGUGCACGUCGUUCUAAUAUGCACUUUAGUUCAUCGAGCGGAUUAUCUGCCCUUUCUCCAUCCGGAAGAGAAUCAGUAGAUCCUAUUGCCGAACUACUUUCACAGUUAUCGGGCGUGAGAAGAGGUGGACCACAAACGUCUCAGCUGCAACAAUUGCAAAUGCAAAUACAAUUGGAACGACAACAAGUGACGGCAACUCGCCAACAGUUGGAGCGUUUGCCUCGACGGGCUCAUCCGAUGGUCUCUUCAUCGAAUUCGAAUGCAACCAUGCCAGAGGUGAUAAGCAGCGGUCCGAUAUUAAGCGGCAGUGGUUCUGGUGGUAGUGGAGGCAGUGGUGCAAGCGGUUCUGGUAGUCUCAAUGGUGGUGGCGGCAGUUCAUGUCGCACCAAUGAAUGGACUGUUAAUUCAUCACUAGCAGCUCAGCAACAACCGCAGUCAGGUCUGACAGGCAACGCCGGAAUCAACAACAGAGAAAGUGGCGGCGGAAGUGGUAAUGUAAAUGGGGGUAGCGGCAGCAAUGCUAACAAUAUACUCGGCAUGUCAAUUGCUGGCGGUGCAGUGGGUGCGGGUGUUAAUAGCGCAAGCAAUGGGGCGGACGUUCAAUCACAGUUUUUGCUAACAAAAUUCAUGCAGCCAACAUUGAGUGAUACAGAAUGGGCUGAAAUGGAGAGAGAACGAUCUGAUCGAUCACAAUUUGUACAAGCGCUUGUAUUGUCGACUCUUUCCUAUGACUCACUCGACACCAUUGCAAUGGGUGGUGGCGAGACGGAGCGCGAUAAUCGUGACGAAUCGCAGGAAACCAAUAGUGAUAAUGUAAAUAAUGAGAAAGUCUCAGCAGCGAACACAAAAAGUGAUGCUAAUGCGAGGGAAUCGUUGAUGAACAACAACACCGAUGCCUCUGCACAAACAACAAACACCAGUGGUAGCAGUAGCGUUAGCGCCGCAACUAUGCCUGGUAACGGCCGCCAGCAGGUACAUCAGCAGCAACAGACCACUCCGGAAGAUAUUGCCGACGAGUACAAACAACUGCAGCAGCAACAACAACAGGCACAGCAGCAAACCUACCCAUCAAAAAAGAAAUCAACGAGUAACAGCGGUGUGAGUGGCGGCGCUGGAGGAACUGGCGGUAAAUCAACAGCUGACAGAGGCAUUGAACGGCGAGGCCGUCCACCACCUCCACCAGUAGGCGGUGGCGCAGCAGCAGCUGGAUCACAGCCGCAACAGCAACAUUCUAGGUAG